AUGACCAUGCAGUUCAUCAGUCACCGGUUUCCGGAGGAUCACGAUCCCACAAUUGAGGAUGCUUAUAAAAUACGGAUACGUAUUGAUGAUGAACCUGCCAAUCUGGAUAUCUUGGACACAGCAGGACAGGCAGAAUUUACGGCCAUGAGAGACCAGUACAUGAGAGCUGGCGAGGGAUUUAUCAUCUGUUAUUCAAUCACAGACCGGCGCAGUUUCCAUGAAGUUCGUGAGUUCAAACAGCUAAUCUAUCGUGUUCGACGCACUGAUGACACUCCUGUGGUCCUGGUGGGAAAUAAAUCUGAUCUGACACAGCUCCGGCAGGUCUCCAAAGAAGAAGGCUCUGCUUUAGCACGAGAAUUCAACUGCCCUUUUUUUGAAACUUCAGCUGCAUACCGUUAUUAUAUUGAUGAUGUAUUUCAUGCUCUUGUGCGAGAAAUCCGCAGGAAAGAAAAAGAAGCAGUAAUGGCAAUGGAAAGGAAAUCAAAACCUAAAAGCAGCGUGUGGAAAAGACUGAAGUCACCAUUUAGAAGGAAGAAGGAUUCAGUCACUUGA